UUUAUUUUUCUCCUUUUUCCGUUUUCUACCGCUGCCUACCUACUUUUGCAGAAACUCUAUAUUUUCAUCAAAUUGUGCUGAGAAUUUUCAGGAAAGAUACUCCCUAACGAAAUGCCGAAAAAGCCCCCGAGGAACGCAUUUUAUUUCUACAUGGUUGAUUUUAAAGAAGAACAACGGAAAAAAGGCAUAAACUACGGUAACAUGGCAGAAGUUGCUGAAGCUGCAGGGCCACUUUGGAGGGAUGCUCCACCUCCAGUACGCACAAAAUAUGAGACUAGAGCUAAGAAGGAAAGACAAAAGUACAGUGGAUCUGAACACAAGUUAACCUCAAAUGGUAUCCCUUUUGCUGUAAUAGAUCAACAAGCGAGGGAGCUCCAAGAAGCUAUAGAGAAUGAAAAGAGAGACAUUAUAAAUAUAGUAAAUAUGAGAACUAACACUCUGAACACAAUGGAUGUAUACGUAAUGGAUGUCAACUGCUACUGCAAGGCCAGUGUGGAUUAUGUAGUUGGUGAGAGCACUUUGCUACGAUUCAAUGUACAGGAAGGGAUUAAGGACUCCUAUCAUGAAAUUAUUAAUCCUGGUUCGAUUCCAGUGGGCUAUGCUUCGGAUGUUAAAUACGGUAGUCAGGAUCUCGGUCUUAAUAUGCCAGACGAAACCGCUAAGAGGUCCAACUACAUGCAGAUCUUGGCUAACAUCAUCGACUACUUGAAGCAACAGGAUCCGAAGUCGGAUGUUCUGCCGCCGAUAUUCACUAUGCCGGACAAGGUCGCUGAAGUACAGAAUUUCAUACUGCAGAUGUGCCGGCGAGCGGGUGAAGACGACUCCCUGUUCCGCAUUUACCAGCUGGACACGUUAUUCUUCAAUCUGAUCAACGCCAUCAGAACCCGCCCCGAUGAAGGGUUCCCGAAGGAGUCACUCGCCUUGGCGCUACUCAAAAAGGACGGUUUCAAGUAUACUCCGGGAAUCGGGUGUGAGCAUCACGAAGAGAACGAUAAAUCGGUGGAAUGCAGUCUAUCGCGCGUUAAACGCUGGGUUUACACCAUCCUGGACAGCUGUUGCCCCGUCGCUGGAGUGGAUGCGCAGCCUGGGAAACACGUGCCGGCCGAUUUUGAUCUAGAAAGUAUUCACGUGUUUCAAGAGCAAAAGAAAAUCAGGAACGCUCCAAGUAUUGCUGGAUACGGGCAGGCCAUGUCGUCAUGCAACACGACUCUCAGCGAUCAUUUCGACACGUCAUAUUCAGCCCUUAGCACAACUAUAGACAGCCAAAAAGAAAAGAGAGUCCACAAACCGCUCCGGAUGCCGAAGACCAAUUACGCUGACCGAUUUGCGGCUCCUGAGCUGACAGAAUUCUCCGGCGCGACUCCGCUAGCGGGCCGAUGUCCUACCAUGCCUGGCAGCUUCACCAAGCUCAAACUUGAUGAUGAUGAAUAAAUUGAUCGCCUAUUAAAUAAUAUAACCUACACUUAGGCCGUUUUGAGAAUGUAUUCCCGACAGGUCGUGGGCGAAUAUUAUUUUAUGACUAUAUAUAUAACUUUAAUGUAAAAAAAAAAAAAAAAAAGGUUACUCGUAGAGUCACUUAAAAUGUCAUUCUCUGGAGGGUUUUGGUCUGCACCUCCCUGGAGCUUAAAAGAAGUUUUAAAAUGCUGCAUGCCAAUAAAAGUAAAUUCAAAGGUUUUGGAUACAUGUUUGUUGCCGUCAAUCGCUUAUGCGUGCCAAACCUGGAAAUACACCUAUCGUAUCAUAAAAAAUAAAAUCAAAUUUUGUCAAAGGAGUAUGGAGAGAAGU